CUAGUUCCUCUCUCGCUGCUCUUCCUUCCUCUCCUCAUCAUCGUCCCCUUGCUCUACUUCAUCCGCCCGUCGCGUCGGCAUGAGGCAGGCAUCCGACCGCCACCGUCGCCGUGGGCGCUCCCCGUCAUCGGCCACCUACACCACGUCGCCGGCGCGCUCCUGCACCACGCGAUGCGGGACCUGUCGCGCCGCCUCGGCCCGCUCAUGCUGCUCCGCCUCUGCGAGCUCCGCGUCGUCGUCGCCUCCUCGGCGGACGCCGCGCGGGAGAUCAUGAAGACCCAGGACCUCACGUUCGCGUCGCGGCCCAUGAGUCCGACGGGGAAGUUCCUCCUCGGCGACAGCCCGGGCCUUGUCAUCGCGCCCUACGGCGAGGCCUGGCGGCAGCUCCGCAGGAUCUGCACCCUCGAGCUCUUCACCUCCCGCCGCGUCAGGUCCUUCAGGCCCGUGCGCGAGGAGGAAGUCGGGCGGCUGCUCCGCUCGCUGGCGCAGUCGUCGUCGUCGUCGUCGUCGCAAGUGAACCUGAGCAAGCUGAUCAGCGCCUACGUCGCGGACUCGGCGGUGCGCGCCGUCAUCGGCAGCCGAUUCAAGGGCCGCGACGCGUUCCUGCAGAUGUUGGAGCGGAGGAUCAAGAUCGCCCCCGCGCAGUGCCUGCCGGACCUCUUCCCGUCGUCGCGGCUGGCGCUGCUCGUCAGCCGGAUGCCGCGCCAGAUGAAGCGGGAGCGGCGGGAGAUGAUGGAUUUCAUCGACACCAUCCUCCAGGAGCAUCAGGAGAGCAGCAAGGACGGCGCCGCAGGCGAGGACGAGGACUUCCUCCACGUCCUCCUGAGGAUCCAGGGAGAGGGGAAGCUGGAUCCUCCGCUCACGGACGACGACAUCAAGACCGUGAUCGUCGACAUUUUCGUAGCGAGCAGCGAGACAUCGUCGACCGUGAUGCAGUGGACUAUGGCCGAGCUCAUGAGGAACCCGAGGGUGAUGCGCAAGGCCCAGGAGGAGGUCCGGCGAGUGCUCGACGGGAAGAACGUGGUCACGGAGGAGAGCUUGGGCGGUCUGCGCUACCUGGACCUCGUCAUCAAGGAGGCGCUCCGCCUGCACCCUCCGGCGACGUUGCUGGUUCCCCGGGAGUGCCGGCGCCCGUGCCAGGUCCUCGGCUUCGACGUGCCAGCGGGCGCGAUGGUGCUCGUCAACGCGUGGGCCAUCGGCAGGGACCCGGCGUACUGGGAUCGGCCCGAGGAGUUCUCGCCGGAGAGGUUCGAAGGCGGAGGCGUUGACUUCAAGGGGACGGACUUCGAGUUCAUACCAUUUGGGGCAGGACGGCGGAUGUGCCCCGGAAUGGCGUUCGGGCUGGCCAACAUGGAGCUCGCGCUCGCCAGCCUUCUCUACCACUUCGACUGGGAGCUGCCGCACGGGACGGAGCCCGGGGGGCUGGACAUGACCGAGCUGUUGGGGAUCACCACUCGGCGGCGCUCCGACCUCUUGCUUGUCCCGACCAUCCGCGUGCCAUUGCCCGCAAAAAUUUGA